AUGGUCUCCGCUCAAACUAUCAAAUUAGUAAAACAAUUAAUUUCUAACAACAAAAUUUUUGUUGCUUCUAAAACUUACUGUCCAUAUUGCCAAGCUACUUUGAAAACUUUAUUAGAAGACAAGAAAAUUCCAGAGGACAAGAUCAAGAUCUUACAGUUAAACAAUUUGGAUAAUGGCUCUGAAAUUCAAGAUGCUUUAGAAGAAAUCAGCCAUCAAAGAACUGUUCCAAAUAUCUAUAUUUUGGGCGAACAUAUCGGUGGUAACUCCGAUUUACAAAGUUUGGAUUCUUCUGGUAAAUUAGAUGCUUUAUUAGAAAAAGCUUUGGCCUAA